ACAUCUUUUUUAGGAUGGACUAUUAUAAAUUCUUUUCGGAAAAUGCUCGGCAUCGUCUUCCAUCAUGGAUCGGUUCUCUCAGAAAGUUCAUCGUAAAUCCAGCGCCGGAUAUGCUGUGGCUGGCAGGGGGUCUCCCCAAUGACUCCAUCUUCCCCUUUCACGAAGCGAAGGUCAAGCUGCGAGAUGGUCACGUGAUCGAAGUGGGUCCUGAUCUCAUGGCCAAAGGUCUGCAAUAUGGUGGUCCUGCAGGUUACGCCCCGCUUCUGAAGCACCUCUCGGACCUGACCCAGCGGCUGCACUCGCCCCCGCGCUGGUCGAGCAGCAAGCAGGUGAUCACGGUGGGCGGUCAGGACGGCAUCGCCAAGGCCUUCGUCAUGCUGACCGACCCCGGCGACUACGUGGUCAUCCCUGAGCCUUGUUACGCCGGGAUAUUCUCGGAGCUGAGUGCGCUCGACCCUCGCUACCUCCCGGUUGAAGAGGACGAGGAGGGCAUGAAACCCGAUGCCCUGAGGUCAACGUUAGCUCGCUGGAAGGCCGACACGGGAGGGCGUGAGGCCGGGAGCAUGAUCAAGUACAUGUAUAUUAACCCGAGCGGCAGCAAUCCUUCGGGAACCACGCUGAGUGAGGCUCGACGUCGGGAGAUCUACGCCCUGGCCUGCGAGUACGACUUUCUCAUCCUCGAGGACGACCCCUACUACUUUUUGCAGUUUAUCGAUGACUUCCCUCCGAGCUUCCUGAGCCUGGACACGGAGGGCCGAGUGCUGAGGUUCGACUCCUUCUCCAAGACG